GCCGCGGUAAGAAAACGGACCAGAGCCCGUAGCCGGCCAUGCACGCCGCACCUCCUCGAAGAGCGCUGGCCGGCGCGGGCCGGCAUGCCUUUCCGUUCCGGCCGUACGUGUCCGUCCUCGCCAACGAAGAAGCUUGCUUGGUCGUCACACGGACGGACGUGCUAUACGGUGGAUUUGCGCCAUGGGGUCGGAUCUGGCAUUGCGGGUUGUGUCCGCGUCGAGGCGCGCGGCAUAUGGGAUCGGAUCCAGAAAUACAGUGCAACUACGCUAGCGGCCACCAUGAUGUCGCAGGAGCCACAAUCAAGGAAGCCAUGCAUGCCACUCAGGUAUGUCUUCUACCAUAUAGUCAUGACCAUCGAACGGGUCUCCCCCUCUUCUUUUGGAAGCAGCGUGAGCAUCUAGCGGCUUCGUCUAGCGACAGCGAGAGCCAUGGUAGAAGAGGAGGGGAAAGUGGCAGCUGGGGUUAUAGUUGUCUGCACGGGCAGCUACAAGGGAACUUUCUUGACUAAGUAUGUUGUUAAUUAGUUGUUAGUUUGUUACUAAAUGUGCAUAGUGUUCCUUGAAUCAUCUCCAUCGAUCA